CUUUUUAGUUAUCCGUGACCAGCAUCAUCAAUCUCCCUUCCAUGUCUUAGUGUCCACACGUUUCACCCACACUAACUAGCUCAAACCACCCAUAAGCCAUAACCAUUUCCCAUCCUCACAGCACAAAUUUGAAUAACCAUUCUCCAAUUUCAUGAAUUCAUACCAACAAGUCAUUCAAAUGUUCCACCCUCCCUUUCGCUUUCUCACAUUUCCAUCCACAAAACCACCCCAGCUAAACAUUCACCUCUUCCUUUCCCUUCCCGCACCAACCAUCCUUUGCUCAUCACUCAACGACGGUUCCUUUUCCACCCCUAAAUCAACUCAGUUUGGUUACAGUACUCCAGAGGAUCUCUUUGGACUUGAGGUGGAAUUCAAACCAAGGAAAGCGAAUUCUCAUACAAGAGAACCAAGGUCAUGGUUUGGACCAAAUGGACAAUAUAUCAGAGAGCUACCUUGUCCCAGUUGUCGAGGAAGGGGUUAUACUCCUUGUGCAGAAUGUGGAAUUGAAAGAUCUAGAUCAGACUGUCCAAAAUGUAAUGGAAAGGGUUUACUAACUUGCCACCAGUGCUCUGGAGAUUGUGUUAUAUGGGAAGAAUCAAUUGAUGAACGACCAUGGGAGAGAGCUCGAUCAAUAUCUCCACUCAAAGUGAAGGAAGACGAUGAAGUUGACAAAUUGGACAUAAAGCUAGACGCGAAGAAAAAAUCUAAACGUGUUUACCAGUCACCAUCUCCUGAAGUUGGAUUGAAGAUUAGCCGUUCGUUAAAAAGUCUCAAUGCCAAAACUGGUCUAUUUAGCAAACGAAUGAAGAUCAUCCACCAGGAUCCAAUUCUUCAGGCUCAGAGAGUGGUUGCUAUUAAGAAAGCCAAGAGAACUGUUUUAGCUCGAAAGCAUGCUUCCAAAACCAUGAAAGCAUUCUUCAGCGAUCCAAUAAACCGUCAGAAUAGGAGCAUCGCCAUGAAAGGAGUGAAAUUCUACUGUCAAAACUGUGGACGUGAAGGACAUAGACGACACUACUGUCCAGAACUCAAGGAUGGUUCAAUUGAUCGGCGGUUCACUUGCAGGCUAUGUGGUGAGAAAGGUCACAACAGAAGAACGUGUGAUAAGUUAAGGAUAAGCCAUAGUGAUGGGAAAGUUACAAAACAUCAUCGAUGUAAAAUAUGUCGACAAUAUGGCCAUAACAGAAGGACAUGUCCACAAGUUGUUGUUUUGAAUAAAAGAAUAGACACGGCUUCUCGAAGAGUAUAUGUUUGUCGAUUGUGCGAGAAAGAAGGACACAAUAUUAGGACAUGUCCUAGAAGAAUAGUUGAUACUGAACAUUCUCAAGAGUAAUAAUCCUGCUUUUGAGAAACUUAAGUGCUUGAACCUAAAUCUCAUUGAGGAAAUUUGAAAAGCUUAAUACAGUUUGUUCACUCAUGUAACUGCAACAUGACAUAUUAAGUAAUGCUGAUUCCAUGUAAACUUGUUUGAAGUCAACUAGAUUUAAUGUUUAAUUGUCAUCCUUAUUAAUAA